AUGGAAUCCAACAACAGAAGCUUGGCAGCGCAAAAGCAAGGCAGCUUUCCGUACGAAAUAAGCAACCUGAAAUUCAUGGGUACUCUAUCCGACUCUCAAUGGGCGCCCGCAGACCUUCAGCCAGAGCGCCAGCAGUCGUGCACUCCAAUCUUCCACCCAGCUACCGCGAACUUCCAGCCGCAGGCUAUUCAGCCGACCGGCACCGAUGCGCCGCGCUACAAUGAGCCGAGAUCGGUCCCACGCCAGGACCAGCACUAUCUUCAGCAACAAAUUUACGACAUGCGAGCCGCUGAGUUGCAGACCCGUCACAACGCAGAGUACCGUAUGAUGACGCUAGAGAAUGCCACGCGAGAGAAUGCAUGGCAGCACGCCGAUCUCAAGGAGAUUAUCAAGAAGGAUGUUCGGGCUCUGCAGCAGAGGAUCGAUCACAUGGACUCGACUAAUUCUGAGAUCGAAUCCAACAAAGACUACACACAUGGACGUAAGAUCUCCGAAGACAUGUUCAAACACCUUUCGGAUCAAGAGGUCACCAAGGUCUUCAUCGAACUUGCCAAGGAGAAGGAAGCCCAUGCAGCUCGACUUCGCAAGGCUGCGACAGCUUUCUCAAAUCAAGAAGACGAUGAUAUCAUGGGAAACGACAAGUCAGGAGGAAAACUCAAGGCGAUUGAGUAUCAUGAAGCAGGCAUGACGGAGUCAGAAGCUCCGCCUCUUCCGGGAGACGAGGUCGUCGGUUUCGCAUGCUGUGGCACUGCUUUCGGUUCUCUUGAGGAGAUCAAGAGCCACUUCAACAGUGCACAUGCUCUUGCGACUGUCGUAGUCACGGAAUUCGAUGAUCUGCAACCCACUCAGAACAGCUCUGCCCGUCGCGAAAUGUCCCGUCCGCAUCCACAUGCUAUCGAGAUAAAGGCCCCAGAGUCUGCGAAGGCGGCCGAUGAGGAGCCCAAGAAGGAAAAUCUCAAGAAAGAAGAGUUCAAGGAGGACGUUCCCGAGGAAGAGGAGCCCAAAAAGGAGGCUUCGACUCCUGAGGCCGUGAAGCAGGGUCCAAUUGAGAAUACAGCUUCUGCUAAGCAGGCUUGGAUUCCAUACGCAGUGCGUCAAAUGCCUCAACCUCCCUCUGGUAUCCCUGCGUCCAGUGAGACCUUCUCCUUCGAACACAUUCAGGACGUCCUGGAGGGCAAAGAAUGGUCGGACGGAUUCUACUUCAUCACAAAGGACGUCAAGGCGCCAAAGCUUGAGUCUAGAGCCUACUGGAUCCUCGAAGAAGACCACGAGCCAUAUCUUCCCAAGCAGCCCGGAGAGCACGGGGCAAAGCUUACUGCGGUCCUCAACAACUCGCCAGCCGACUCUGGUCAUUUUCCAAUGGCCAAGAACUACUUGAACUGCCCGGUAUUCAUCCGUGCAAAGGGCGAGUCUGAAUAUCGCUACUACGGACAAUACAGCCAGAACCGCUUCUCUGACAAGCUCGAUUAUGACCAUCUCAUGGGUAAGACACGCUCAUCUCUUUUUGCUUGAGAAACUUGCUAAUUCGCGGCAGACGAAGUUCCAGACCACGUCUUGCGUUAUUGGGCAGAUCAGCUUGGUGCCGUCGGCCGCCCUGAAUGGGUGACUCGUGAACUGAUGGUUGCUAUCUUCGACCCUCCCAAGUACCAAGGCGCCGUGCCGACCGACUCCGCUGUCAACACGCCGGAUACUCUCGCCACGGCUGACAACAGCGCCGGAGCUCUUGAGCGCUGCGUCCUCCAGGACCUCGAAAACUAUGCCUGGCAAUUGAAGGACUGGGAGAAGGAUGCCCGCAUCAAGGCCGAGCUCCUCGAUGCCGACGCCAUCUAUAAGAGUUUCACUUACUGCGACAUGGGUUGGCAAACCGGUCUUCGCCUCCACUGGGAGUAUCUCGAAUGCAUCGAAUACUCAAGCAAGUUCGAGAACAUGAUGGUCGGCUUCAAGAAGACCAACAGCAAGUUCAAGGCGAACCUCUUCGGCAUGACCGCUUUCUCUCAGUCCCACGCUACCAUCGCUACCAUCGCAUCGAAGCUCAGCGACCCUGCUGCCGCCGCCAAAGCCAACGCCGCCGCAGCCGAGAAGAACAAGCGGGCCAAGGCGGAGGCGGCCAAGCAAGCAGAAGAACAGGCCAAUAGGCGUACUAUAUUCCACAAACUGGACUUCGACGACGAGACGCGUAAGCCGGUUGCGAACGCUUGGGGUAAUGAUUCCAACGUCGGCCGUACCUCUCGCCCUGCUGCCAAGAAGCCUGCUGCCUCUGUCACUGAGGGCAAGGAUGAGAGCAAGAACGCGUUUGGCAUGGGCGACCUGGCCGAGGCUGCUCGUAUCGCCGACCAGCACAAGCAGAGCACGGGCAAGGUCCUCCCGCCACACCUCCGCGGACGUCCUGGUGGUAAAUAG